UCCAUUUAUACCAUUUAUUCUCACCAAACUGUACAUAGCAUUUCGACUAAGCAACCAUGGCCCCGUCAAUCAGUACCUUGCCCAAGCGAGCACUCAAUCUCUUCAAGAGGCCAAAAUCUUCGGAGGCCAAGGAUAAAAGAUCAUCGUCUCCAUUAUCUAAGCCACAAAGCCAAUCAUCAUCAGAAGAGGGAAGAAACAUCGCAUCAGUCCAGGUGUCAAUACAAUCCAGUCCAACAAGUUCCCUCGCUUCAAAUCCUCAGCAAUCGGAGAAGGAGAAACGACAAGGAAAAACCAAGACAAAAGCCAAUAACAUAUCAGCAAUACCAGAGGAUCACCAAAGUCGAGACGAUGCUCCUCAGCCUUUUGAAGAAGCAACUUCUAGCGAGGAAAAGCCAAUCUCGCUCAUAGGCAUGAUAAGCGAGCUGUUUCCCAGCGUCCCAGAUACAGAGCCAAUUAUCCUCCCACACGCCGGCUCAGAGCACACACAUACAUGCAUCUUCCUACACGACUGGAACUCACACGGCAGUGACUUGGCCAUAGACUUUCUCACAAACAACAAAUCCCGCACAAACCAAACCCUGACCGACAUUUUCCCGACUAUGCGCUUCGUCUUCCCAACUGCUCGUCUCGCUUAUUCGGAUAGACGAAUAGAAGAAUUCGUACACAGUCCUCAAGCUGGAGUACUGCAAGGACGGGAAGUCAUUCCUCAAUGGUUCGAUCACUACGAUCUCGAAAAUCCAAUUUCAGAGGAUGAGAAAAAGAUUGAUCUUGCUAGACUGGAAGACACUAUCUGUGAUAUCGUGGAGAUCAUACUCAACGAAGCCAGCAUCGUCGGAUUGAAGAAUAUAGUUCUCGGCGGUAUUGGCCCAGGCGCUGCGAUUGCAUUGUUGACGUUGCUGGCUGGUGCGCAGGAUGUAGGAGCUUUUGUUGGUUGGGGAGGUUGGUUACCAUUUCAAAAGGAGAUUGCGAAUGUUGCAGGGAAGUGCUUUGAUAAUAGGUUGAAAAUUUCAAGGCAAGUGGAGGAUAUUCUGCGGAUGAACGGGAGCGACGAUGAGGAUGAGAAGGAUGGAAUCGAGAAAGCAAAAGGGGAAGAUGGUGGCAAGGAGUGGGUGCAUGAUGUUUGGAAUGAGUCGUUCAUGGCGAAGGAAAAGUCGCACAAGCCUCUUGCGAUGACACCGAUAUUGCUUUGCCAUACAGACGACGAUGAGGUGGUGCCUUAUCGGAGAGGGAGAGACAUGAGUCGGACGUUGAACUCUCUAGGGUUUCAAGGACAAUGGAACAAGUACAAAGGGGGGUUUGGAGGUGACGAGGGAGGAUGCGUUGAUGAUAUGGCAGAUUUUUUGGAGGCAAUGCUGACUAUUCAAGGAAGAAGUUCAGUGUGGUACGACGAUGAGGCUGAUGAGUUAGAGGCAAGUGGUUUGCCUAGCAAUUGGGAAAAGAUAUUAGAGGAGCAAAGGAAGCGAAGGGAGCAGAUGGCGCGUGAACAGAAACGGAGCGAAAGACGCAAAAUGAGGAAGGAGGAUAAGAGGGACGAGAAAGAAUCAAGAGAAGGAAUCAAAAGAAGUUGA